AUGUUGUCGUUUAAUUUAUUACAAAAAUUGAAUGUCGCCGGAUCGGCUGGUCGAUUUGCUCGUCGCAACAUAUCGGCCACAUCGGUGUUGAUGACCAACGUUUCAGAUCCAAUCCAAAAACUGUUCUUGGACAAAAUCCGAGAGUACAAAGGAAAAUUUGAUUCCAAGACGUUCGACCCUUCCAUUGAUAAGGGUUACAAGAAUGAUUUAGAAAAGAUCGGCAGACAAUACAACAUUGCGCCGAAUGAAGAUCCUACCAAAUUCCCAACAAUUAAAUUCGAUGAACCCAAAGUCGAUCCACAAGUUUGA